AUGCAAUCUGCCCAUGAAACAUUCCAGCUGGGCCAUUUCACCGUACCGCGCCUUUGGGUUGGACUCUGGCAACUCUCGAGUAAUGCCUGGGGAACGGCGUCCGUCCCAAAAAUCCGACAAGCAAUGUCUCGCCACGUCGAUGCUGGCUACACGGCUUUUGCCGACCACUAUGGGAGUGCAGAGCUCAUCUUUGGUCAAUUUCGGUCAUCGCUCGAGAAGCCCGAGCUCGUCGUAGGUGCCACUAAAUGGUGUGUCUUCAAACCCUUGACGGGGCCGAUUACCCGGGCCGCCGUCGAAGCCGCCAUCCGUGAACGGAUUGAGCGCAUGCAUGCCACUCGUGUCGAUCUUCUUCAGUUCCACUGGCAGGAUUAUUCAAACCACGACUACAUCACGGCGCUUGAAAUCAUGGCUCAGCUCCGGGAUGAAGGCCUCAUUGCUAAUGUCGGGCUUUGUAACUUUGACGCGCUGAGAACGGAGGAGAUCUGUGUCCGUUUUCCCGGCUUGGUUGUCUCCAAUCAGGUCCCGUUCUCGCUAAUUGAUGUUCGUGUUCUGUCAGCACUCGACAGCGUCUGCACAAAACAUGGGGUUAAACUCCUGACUUAUGGAACCUUGUGUGGCGGCUUUCUGGCUGAGAAGUGGAUUGGACUUCCUGAGCCUGAUCCUUACGCCGGCUCUCUCAACCCGUCUCAGCGCAAGUACCUUGAUAUAAUAACCAAAGCAUGGGGCAGCUGGUCACUUUUUCAAGAACUCCUCUUCGUUCUCCGAACGAUAUCUUUGAGACACGAAGGAACCAGUGUUACGAACAUUGCAACUCGUUGGGUACUUGACCAUGCAGUCGUUGGAGCAGUGAUUGUUGGCGUGCGACUUGGGUGCACUGAAUACCCAGAAGAUAACCUAAAAGUCUAUGGCUGGACCCUCAGUGAUGAGGACAGGGCAGAUAUUGACCGUGUGCUGUCUCAGAGUGCAGGGAGGCAAUUGUUCCAGACGAUUGGGGACUGUGGUGCAGAAUAUCGUUGA